GUCGCCUCGACGCUACCACCUCUCUCAGUUGCUCCUCGGUUUCCGGACUCGGCGGACAGGCAGGCAGGAAGAAUUACGGAAACGCGGUUGGCGCGAUUGGCAUCAGAUUCAAUUAGGCUCUAUCGCCUACUCGUUGAUGAAUUUUGCAUCCUAAUUAUGUGCUUCGCUGUCAGCCAUUAAUCACGGUAUAACUUCGCUAAACUGCGUCGACACGGCGUCGAUGUAAUGAAUAAACACGAGAAAAUGCGCUCCGCGACCGUGUGCAUCGCCUUCGUCCUAACAUGCACGAGCGGGUCCUUUGUCGCGGGUAUGCGAUACAUCGAUCCGCAGCCAGGAAGUAACGGUGACAUCGGCGACAAACGAGUGGACCUGACUGAACCGUCGUGCGAUGAGCUGCGCGCCAUGUGGAGGUACACGAAGAGGCAGAGCAGAGCUGCUAAAACCAACAGCGGAUACCCGACCUACCCGUACAAUCCCAAUAUAUGGCCUAGUGCCGCAGGAUUUCCCGAUCGCACUAAAUUUUCCAGAGGAUACACACGAGAUAAUCUCGAACCUACACGACUGAAAUUACGAGAAGAGUUGCAAGCGAGACAUGCCGGACGACCGCGUAGCCGAGCCGCCGGGGGUGCACCGAUAUAUGGAAGAAUGGUACACAAGGCCCCGGCAAGUAGCAGGUGGCGGAACGCGAUGCGAGGACCCGGGCGCAAAGCUUUUGAAGAUUUAACGCGGGCCUACGGAACCGUAACCCGUUUCAGGCCGAAUCGCAUCACUAGCUUCCGCGUUGGCGGCGGUAUCUCGCCGCCGAAGUCGCAAAUUCCUCAAGCCGGAAGCUUUGAAGCGCUCAAGAAUCUUAUCCAGGCUGAGAGAGCACGCGAACUAAAGGCACAACAUAUUGCUGAAGAAAUGGACACGGAAAUUGCCGCUUAUAGGGGUGGUAAAGAGAUAACGGACGAAGAGCAAGAACCGAGUAGAGAUAAUAUACCGCGAAGAUAUAUUCCUAACCUGAAAGAAAUGACACCGAAAGUCAAUUACGAUUACAAUCAACGACGAUAUCACAUGCCUAGAGUCGGUCAAGCUUGGUCGAGGGAGCCUAUCUCGCCAGAAUAUAUGUCACCUUAGUAUGCUGCGAAUUGUUGCAAGGGAACGAUACAAAUCCGAAAACUGCCGCAUGCAUACUAGUGUUUGUGACUGCUCUGCAUGACGCAGCUGCAACCAGUUGCAGCUGCUAUCAGCAAAGCUGCGACUGCGAGAGUAAGCUCACUUUAAAGAUCACGUGCGUUCUGAGGCUCCGGAUCUCUGUGCAAACUUUUAAAUCUUUGUGUCAUGUAAGUGUAGACAAAAAUGCAUUUCAGCCCAAUCAGCCGAUAUCGAAAAAACCGUAUUAACCGUACAUCCAGUUGCAAAAAGCCGAGUUUUCCUCCACACUGGAAAUCUAAAGCCCAACAUAUUAUAGAAAAGGAAAUAAAUAUUGAGAUAAAUUUAAUGGCAUCUAUUGGGUUAAAAGCACGAAAUCUACACUUCCGGAAUGUAUCCGAAUAUCGCAUGCAUAUCUGUAAUACGAAUAGAAUUAAAUGUGCAUGAGAUAAAAAUCUGUUUACACAUAUGGAAUCGAUUUGAUCGAAAAUGUGCAUGCGUUUUUCUAACGCUUCGUAUAUUUGUGCAAUCCGACGUUUUGCAACGGCGUUGAAACGAGUAGUCAUUCGAUAUGAUGCACAUUUUCAUGGAUUUUAAGAUUUCCCUGCGUUUGAAGCUUGCAAGACAUCAAAUGAGAAAGAGGAUAAUGUUAUAAUGGAUUUCCUAAAUCUAUAUACACAAUAACUGUUUGUCUGCGAGAAGCUCAGGAACAAAGAGCAAACUCCUUCGCAAAUAUCCUUAAAAGCUACAAGUCGUAAAACCUAAUAGAAUAAAAUCCUAAAACUGUAAUCUCUGGAAAUCUACUUGGACGCAAAUAUAAUAGAAAUCUUUUCAGUUAUAUACAAAGUAAAAUAUUUCAUUUAAAUGGAUUUAACUUUGCAGAAAAAUGGAGCAUACAGCGAAUGUCUCUCUCAAAAAGUAGCACUACUAUUAUUUUUUUUAUUAUUAAAAAGGCGGUAGACUAUUCAAAAUGUUAAACCUAAUUUCACAAAAAUAUAUAUCAUAUCGAUAAAUCAUCAGUCAAGCACAUUAAGAAAAAAUUUGACAUGCAUAGAUUGAAUCAUAUACUGCAGCAUUCCAAAUUUUAAUACUAUUUCGGAAAACGUUGUUUACAAAUCAGCCAUUUAAUACUCAAAUAAAAACAAUGUAAAUGAUAACAAUUCAUACCAUUCAAGAUAAUUUUAAGUAUAACAUUUUAUUGCAGCUAUUCAUUUUGCUAACUUAAUUUAUCAUUUUAACGUUGCCCAUCAUAACAAUUCCGAAAAUUAUAAACAUGAGUCAAAUAGUUUACAUAUACAUGUAUUUAAGUAUAGAAAACAAAAUUAUAAUUUACAAUAUUAAUCAAUGUAGCUUAAUUUUCCAAAAAUGUGUUUCAUUAUCGCUUUUUUUAUUGCUCGAGAGAUAGAGAUUCGCUGUAUGCUCCGAUACUUGAUUGAAAUACGACAAAGUAUUAUUCUCGGGGAUGUUUGCAUGUGAAUAUUUGCAGCUGUGCCAAAUAAAAUGUCGCAUCCCCCGGCUUUCUCCAUGACAUUGAAAAACAACACUUGGACAAUACAUAAAACUAGUAAGACUUAUAUCUAAAAAAUUUUGACAUUGUACAUUAACGUAACUUAAGAGACUCUAGUAUAUUCUUCGAUAAUCCAUCAAAGUGCACUACAUAUCGUGCUGAUGUAUUGGAAAUAAAAGACAAUAAUUACUCUUAAGAAAAAGUUUGUGCGUACAAUAUUUCUGUGUUCUCAAUAUGAAUACACGAUUAUAUUGUGGUAAAAAAAAAGUGAAAAAAAGAUUAUUUCUGAUGUCUUAUAAAACACGAAAUUAAGAUGAAAGCUUUUUGCGAAAAUAAUUAAUGCUAGUUGUACGUGCAAGUAAUGUUAUAUCUUGACCCUUAAAUGUUUCAAUGUAAAUAUAUAUAAAAUUAUAUACAAUGCGUAUAACAAUUGAUAUAAAUGUGCUUGUCGUUAUCUUGAAUGCAAUAUCGAUUAUGUGAAUCUUUUGUUCGUCUUUAAAUUUUGUUUAUAAAGCCUACUAAAAUAUUUACUAAAUUUGCAAUCUUGUGUGUCAUCCCUACACAACAAUGCAACAAUGCAACACUGCUGCAACAAAUGUUAAUCAAACAUUUAAGGGUUAAAGAAUGCAUCUUAAUGACAAUAAAUGUAAAAGUUUCUUGUAAUCCUAUUAAAAAAAAUGAAAUUGCGUAGGACGACUAUUUGUGUGGCUUACUUUGUGGCUCACGCUGAAGAAAUAAUCACUCUCAGCUUUUGUAGUUCGUAAAAAAAGAAGACAUAAAUGCGAAAAAAACUGGAUAAAAUAUAUUACUACAUAUAAUAAUUUGAUAUUAAAAAACGGUUCUGACUGGGGAAACUUUAUAUACUUCUAUAUUUGAAAACCACAUAUCUAUGUGCAAAUAUAUAUUAUUAUCCACAAACACACACACACACACACACACACAUAACAUAUCGAACAUAUUUAACAAUUCAAUUAUUGACGCCCUUUCUUAAAGUUUUUGAUAAAUUUUAAUAAAUACCAAUAUGUGAAUAUUUAUGAUUAUAUGUCCGUUAUAAAAUGACUGCAAUAAGUCUUAAAAUGUUCAUGCGAUUUACAUUUUGUUGUUUUUUAGCAAAAAUUUAACAGU